UGCAGAGGUCAGCGUGCUAACAUGCGUGUUUCGGUGGAGUAGCAGUGUCAGGGAAGUGUGUGGCCAAUUUUAAUAUGAAACUACUUUUAAGUUAGUAGGUACUUUUGCGUGUUUAUUUGUCUUAGUGCGUCGAACAUGUCAGCGAACUCAUCAAAACACGAUCUGACCCAGCUGAUCUACCGCCAUUUGAAGGAGCAUGGUUUCCACUCAGCUGCAGCUGAGCUACAGAGGCACAGCCCACAGGAGGAGACAUCUCCAUCGUUAUUAGACAUCUACAGUUCGUGGGUGAAUGACUCAAAAAAGAAGAGGCAGCCAAAUUCGGCCAAGCACUCCAGUUUUGAAGAACAAGAAAGGACUCCAACUAAAGCCACGCCAAGGAAAAAGAAGGACAAAGCAGAAACGCCAAAAAAGUCUGUGCCAGCAAAAAGGAAAAUAAGUGAUGGAAAAUCUGCAGAAAAUGUCUCCAAGGCGAAAAAAUCAAAGAGCCGUGCAAAAGACACGGUUGUGUCUCCUGGAGGAGGUGAUUCAGACUCUGACAGCAGUCUGGAUGAAGAUAAAUGGAAGAGUCUGGUCUUGCAGAUGACAGAGUCCGACAUAUCUAAGAUGGACACCAUCAAUGCACUGGACUCGUCUGAACCACCACCCGUGAAAAAGAGAGUGAGGAAAUCCCGGGCCAAGUCUCCCGCAAAAAAAGACGCUCCGGUUCAACAGAGUAACAGGACAGUUAAAAAUAAUGAAAAGGUGGAGGAGAAAGCCGUGACAGAAACAUCAACAAAGACUAGUACAGCCAAGAGGAGCAGGCCAAAAAAGACUGCACCUGUGACCUCGUCUGCCACCCCGAGCCAAGAGCCAAACGUCAACGCUGUAGAAGACACACCAGCAACACCCGGUCUUUCCCCAUCAAAACAGACACCAAAGAAGGAGAAACAAACUGAUGAGGCAAUGUCUGAGCCCAAGAAGAAGAGGAAGAAGAAGAAGGUGGAGAUGACUGAAGGCACGGUGGAAGAGAAUACUCAUGAGACUGGUGGAGAUGGAAAAGACAGAGACGGUAAAGACAAAAAGCAGACUGAAGUCACAGCACAAGAGAUAAGAGAUGAUAAACCUGCGGAAGAGAAGAAGAAGGCAAAGGGAACAAAGGGAGGUAGCAAAAUGAACAAGACUGAAGAAAAAGUAAUAGAGAACGAAAAUGGCGAUGUUAAUAAUAAGAAAAUGUCAAAGCCAAUAGUGCAAGAAAAGAAAGCUAAGAAAAAGGAGAAAACUGAUUCAGAGCCAGCAGCUCAAAUGGUAAAGGAAAAUUCAGAGCUGAUAGCUGAAGGAAAAAAAGCAAAGAAGAAGAGAAAGAAGACUGACAGUGAGGACACUUCAGAGCCAGCAGCUCAAAUAGGAAAUGAAAAUUCAGAGCUGAUGGCUGAAGAAAAAAAAGCAAAGAAGAAGAGAAAGGAGACUGCUGACAGUGAGGAAAAUUCUGAGCAAAUUAAUAAAGAAAAGAAAGCAAAGAAAAAGGAUAUUUCUGAUGAAGAAAACCAAGACCAGAUAGUUGAAGAAAAGAAAAAGAAAAAAAAGCCCAAAGCUGAUCCUAAUGAGAUGUCGGAGCAGAGAGCUGAAGAAAAUAUAAAGACAAAGAAAUCAAAGAGCAGUGACGGAGAGGAAAAGCCAGAGCAGACUACUGAAGUGAAGAAGAAAAAGAAAAAUAACUCAUUGUUGAAAACCAAUGACGCAGAGCCUCCUGCUCCACCCAACACUGGAACAUCAAGUCCUCCAACAGAGAAGAAGAAAAAGAAAAUCAAGUUGAAAUCAGCUGAAGUCCCGGUUUCCAUCCAAGAGUCUGCAGCACCACAAACACUCUCCAGUGACACCCCCCACAAAAAGGUAUCACAGCGCUGUGCUCUUCACCUACUCUUCUCAAAGCAGAAUAACAUGUCAUCAGUUUGAGCACUAGAGGAUUUUCUCAGUUAAUCAGAUCUCUUUGAUUUUACUAAUUAUUUUCUUCACAGAAAAAGAAAUCCUCCGCAAGCACAGAGUCUUGAAGAUGUUUGAUUCUUCAUCAGAUCCAAAGAAUGAAGGCAACGCAUCCCGUCUCCCUCACUGUUAAUCAGAUUUUAAUGGUUAAAGGGAUCAUAUAAAAGAUAAAAGAAGAUAUUUCUAUUUUUGGUACAUUUUUUAUCUUUUUCAUUUAUUUUGUGUUCCACAGUGUGUGUGGCACACUACGCUGUAUAUGUUUUUUUGUUUUAUCUGAUAUUGCCAUUUUAAUGGCAUGACAAUGUUAAAGGGAUUAAUAACUGAUAGUUUCAUGGAAUAGAUUGUCCCUCUUAAGAUAUUCCUUUGAACAAAAUACGUCUCUCUUAAACACUAUCUUUCAGACUCAGGAAGUUUUCCCAUGACGGUCCUAAAUCUUAAUUUGUUCUCAACACACGCCUACUAACUCAGCCCUUGAGAUAAAAACAAUACAUCACUCAAAACAUUUUUUUUAAAUAUAUGAAAACAAUUUUAACAGCCAUUUAGUUAUUGGGUUAAAUACCUAUGUUUUUGAAAAGUACGUUUUUUUUUAAACCUUUCCUGAAUGCAUUGUAAAUAAAUCUUUUAAUACAAAUGAAACUCCUCAUUUUCUUUAUACCUGUACCCAUCUGGAGUCUUAAGUAUGUGGACCGAGAGAAGAUGAAUGGAGUGUGUUCAGGUUGUUACUGUUCAGCAGCCUAUAUUCACACACGUGUGUCCGCUUGAUGGCGCUGCAGACGAAGAACUUCAUUUUUCUGUUUUGGCGCAGGACUUGUUAUACAUACAGUGUAUGUGCAGGACUGACAGCUACAACGACAGAUGCUCUAUAUCUAUUUAUUUCUGACCUGUCUCUUCUACAAUAACAUCUUCCAUGAAAUAACCAACUAGCUUAGUUAACGUUUAACUGUUUAACUGCAUUCUAGCGCUGCCUGCUGUAAACCACCAACAUUGCGGUUCUUUUUAUACUGCGCAUGUGUUAUACCCGUAACUGUUUAAACUGCACUCUAGCACCAUCUGCUGUGACACUUCAACAUCGCAG